AUCCCGCCUAUUCAAAGCCAGGAUUGGACCGUGUACAAGAUGGCUGUUUGUUCCAGACUGAUUCGUGUUGGCUGUCUGCGCCGAGGAUGUAGGCGUUUAAGUCUGUUCUCCAGCUCUUCUCCAUCUAGCUGGACUAAAGUGGUGUCAGAUGCUGAGAAGAUUGUAGGAUACCCCACAUCGUUCAUGAGUCUGCGCUGUCUGCUUAGUGAUGAGCUCAGCAAUGUAGCCAUGCAUGUGAGGAAGCUGGUGGGAACCAAACACCCCUUACUGCAGACGGCCAGGGGGUUCGUAUAUGACAGUAAGCAUAAUCUGCAGAUGAGAGGUCUGGUGGUGCUGCUGUUGUCCAAAGCAGCAGGACAGAGCAACACAGCGUCCGAUGCCCUCCUGCCCGACAUGAUCAGCGGCAUUUACCCCAGUCAGCGCAGCCUGGCCGAGAUCACCGAACUGAUUCAUACAGCCUUUCUGGUGCAUCGUGGGAUUGUCAACCUGAAGGAGUGGACGUUUUCAGACGGGCCCCUAAAAGACAUGCAGUUUGGAAACAAGAUGGCUAUACUGAGUGGUGAUUUCCUCUUGGCCAACGCCUGCACAGGAUUGGCUCAGCUAAACAACACUAAGGUGGUGGAGCUGAUCUCCAGUGCAAUUGGAGACUUGGUGCAGGGUGUUUACUAUGAAAACUCUGAUUCUGAAGAGGAGGGAAACCUGUCAGUUGCUGCGUGGGAGGACCAGGCAUUUCUUUCCCAUGGAGCAUUGCUAGCAAAAAGCUGCCAGGCGGCGAUGGAGCUGGCAAGACACAACAAAGAAGCUCAGACUCUCGCUUACGAGUACGGAAAACACCUCGCUCUCGCUCAUAAGCUGAACUCGGACCUGCAGCCAUUUAUAAAGAGCAGUUCUGAUCCGGUGCUGUUCAGUCUGGAUUCAGCUCCUGCAGUUUUCCACAGACUGGUGGUUGGACCUGAGAGAUGGAACCAACAGUUACAGCAGGUCCAGAACAGGUCCAAUCAGAUCAAUUACAGCAAGUUACGGAGCGUGAUUAAAUCAGAUGAUGGAAUGAAGCAGGCGCUGGAUCUCUGCACACAUCAUGGAGACAGAGCGCUGCAGGCUAUCAGACAUUUGCCACCGUCUGAAGCUCGAUCCGCUCUGGAGAACAUCGCCGGUGCUGUGACCAAAUUCUGACCCCUCGCAUCCACACCAGAGCUCUUCAUCCUGUGGAAUCGUUUCAGACUGGACACACACUGGAUCAGCUGAUCUGGUUUUUAUGAUGCUGAUGUUUUAGACAGUUCCUGAGGUCACUGUUCAGACUUGAGAGCGGGACAGUGUGGAAUAAGAUGCAUUUAGAAACAGUGCUAAAAACAUCUACCUCCAAACAGGCAAUGGCUGCUCAUUCACAACAGUCUACGCUGAAGAUGGAACUGUGUGCUGCUAUAUGUAGGAAGUAUCAGAUUUAAAACAUCAAACAAAUACACAAAUGAACCAAAAGAAUGUGGACACCAGUUUUAUUAUUGAGCUUAGUUGUUUCAGCCACACCCAUUCCUUACAAGUGUAUACAAUCAAUUAUAGCCAGUAAAUUAAACAGCUCAAAUAUUUGGGCAACAGGCCUUUUUCUGUUCGAGUAUGCCUAUGCCACUGUGGACAUUUGGAUCAAGCUCAUGUUCAGGUGUCCACAUACUUUUGGUCAUAUAAUGUGUAUGUGGUGUGGGCAGUAUAGCCAAAAUGAUCUUUAGUGAUAAUUUGAUGGUCUACACACCAUCUAUUAAUGGAAAUCAACCCCAGUUAUUCCUCAAUCUUGUGCCAAAUUUUAAUUGGAUAAGUGAUUUUGGUCAAAUCAAUUACCACCCCCCCCUUUCCUCGCCAAGCUUUUCCAUACAAUGUAGUGUUAAAUCUUGGGACUGGAUUGAGGAAUCAAAAUAGACAGCCUGUAAAAUUACCAUGGAGAAACAUCUACGCAUUUUAAUAAAUUAUUUACAAA